AUGACGGGUCCCGCAGGACCGAUAGGAGAAAAGGGGGAUAAAGGAAAGCCUGGGCCAAAAGGCAUGCCGGGACCACCUGGAAGGCCUGGAAAAUCGAUAUCUGCCCCACAAGUGAUGUUGUCGCCGAAUAAACAGACUCGAGAUGACGGUGGAAAUACGGCGUUUUAUUGCACGGUCGUAGGAAAUCCUUCCCCAGUCGUGGAAUGGCAAUUUAUGGGCAAAAAACUUCUGUCAGGUGCAAAGUAUUUGAUUAGAGAAGGAGAGUUGAUCGUUAGAAAUCUGAAUUACAGCGAUGCUGGACCGUACACAUGUGCAGCCAGAAACAUUCUUGGAUCGUCUGAGGCCACAAGUAACUUAUCUGUUCGAGGUGAGAGAAGUAUUUUACUUUUGAGGUCUGUUAAAUAAGGCCGUUUAAUUUUGUUUGAUAUGUCAUUAUAUGUUUCAUGUCCUCGCAAGGAAAGGUUGCGAGAAUUGACCAUCACUUUUUUAAACAUUCAAGGAAACCUGUAUGAUGUAAAGACAUAGAGCACCAUCUUCAAUCAAUCAAUCAAACAAUAACUUUUGUUAUUAACGUGUCAUAGCUUUUAGCGCAACACAAGUGGUGAACUAAUCGGGGACACUCCCCGUGACAUAUUACCUUAGAGUGAGGUAAUUGAGCUAGCCUGAUGCCUCACUGAUGAAACAUCGUGUAAAAUGCCUGGGACGAUUGGUGACCUUUUCACACGCUUUUAAUACACCUAUCUGCUUGUAGCCGUAUCUUCAAAUUCUAAAAAAAAAACUGAAAUAUUUACUAACCAAUCAUUUGAAUUGGUUUCUCCUUUACUUUUCCUUUCUGUUAUACAGAUAAAAGUUUCCCGAAAAAGAAAAGAUCUAUGGGUCGUCAUCUUUCUCAGUUGCAAUCGUUUGGACCAUUAGGGCUUUAUAGUAUAAACCAGAUAAUUUUUCUUUUCAGGUCUUCCAAUCUUCACAAAAGUUCCACCUGCACUUGCCACACCAGCACAAGGCACUACGUUUCAAGUAACCUGUCAAGCAGAAGGCUACCCUCGUCCUGUAGUAACCUGGAUUCGAGCGGUGCUACCUUUUCCUGGCGGCAGGACUGAGGUAAACAGGGGUACAUUAACCAUUAAGAACCUAAACCCGGCUGACAACGGUUUGUACGAAUGUAUGGCAACAAACAGCAUUGGAACGAAGAAGGCCAGGAUCAAUCUGGCAGUACAACGUAGCUCAGCUGUAGGUUUGUCUUAUGCGGCAAGGCAGGGGCGGAUCUAGGAUUUUUCUAAGGUGGGGUUGCACCACUAAGGAAUUGCUUAACUGACUGGUGACGUAAACCAGGAGCCUAUUACAUUAGGCUUUUUCAGUGCCAAACUACCAUUUUUACGGCGUUUAACAUAAAUGCUUCAACCUCGCUUCAUGUUUUACUUCAACACCAAUAAACCACAUAGUUUUAUUUGCAGUAUACCAGUUGUAUUACAAAGCCGCAGGUCAUCUUAGGGGGGGUGCAGUGCGCACCCCUGCACCCAAUCCCUAGAUCCGUCCAUGCAAGGUCUGCACAGACAUAAAUUGAACAUUUAGUGACAUGUAACAUAAUCCUUAAUGGAGACCAUGGUUUACGGAUUGUAGAGAUUGAACAGCCAUUGUAUCCAGUUCAAGACAAAUUUGUUACGGCACUACCACAACAUCACUCAGACUUCUUAACUUGAAUUUGUAUAGUAUUGACAGUGAUGGUCUUUCAUAUUGCUAUUACAUGAGGGUCAUUGUUAGAGGUUUUCCUGUGUGUAGUAGCUUCUUAAAGGGAAAGGGGGAGCCUUCACUAGAGUUUGAAUUUGAAAUACUAAAACCAGACUAAAACGUUCCUCGCCAGAAAAUAAAGUAGCACUUGAUAUCCAGUCUCAUGUCACUUGGAUCCCGUUACACUUGACAAGGAAAUGAAUUAAUGAAGAAUUUUUAAACAGUUCUACUUAUAUCCUUGGCCAUAACAGUGUUUUUUUGCCAAAUAAAAGAGGUAGAUUUUGUUUCUUCCCAGGUUUGCACGACUCCAUUAUUGUGGGAAGCAACAAAAAUUAUUUAACUUCGUUAAGUAACUGGCUGGCACCUGUGGCAAAAAGCGUUAAUUCUCUUUGGAAACGCUGUUGGCGUGCAUCCGUGGACGGCUGGGCUGGAAGUACAUUUCACUCCCAAUGUGACGGCAAGGGCCCGACUGUGACAAUAAUAAGGGUCGGGAGAUACAUUUUUGGAGGAUACACGGGUAAAUCCUGGCGUAGGUGCGCAUUGUAAGGGGCGGUUACCUGUACCUUUGCAGUUACUUGCAUGGAUAUGUUGGGCUAAAAGUGCAGCUUGAUAGCUAGGUAAUGAGCAAUGUGGAGUCAGUUUGACCUUACAUGGUUUAUGCAGUAGCCGAUAAGGAUUCAGGUUGGCGGAUCUAGAUUCGGACGCGCACUCCCUCGCCCCUCUAAAACCGAGGACCCCCCUCCUUGACUCACAAGGAAUUAGCAAAUGUGGCAAAAAACAACUACAGCAACAGAUUUUUUUGUUGAUCAUGAUUUCAUUGCUCUAUACAAGUUACAACAGGAAAUAUCUAAUCACCCGACGUUUUCUUUCAUUAUUCUUCAAAUAUUUUUUGCUCGAAGCUAUUGCUUUGUAAUUGCAAAUUUUUGCUUUUAAACAGCUCUCAUAGACGAAAACCUUAGCUCCGGUAAGCGAACAGUCUCUUAGGUUUCAGGACCCCGAUUGUUAUAACCUCCCGUUCAAAAAUUGGCUGCUUGCGGGAGGAUUUAUUGUAAGCCAUUUUAAUUUAAUCUUAAAAGUGAAACACUGCAGGCUCCUGACACAUUCUCAUGGUUAUUUUAUCAAUAAUUUAUAAAGCACUUAGCAUCUGUAAAUUUUGUUCCACUAAUUGUAUAUUAUUACGCGACCCAGUGAUUUACAUUUUUCGUUUUAAUUGGAUGUGUUUGGAGUUAUUCUUGUCGAGGGUAUAGGUGUAAGCAGGGUCAUGAUUAAUCAUGAGUGGAUUUCAAGUCAGGGGUAUUCGGCCGUGUAUUCCAAAGUGUUUAUUUGCUUUUUUAGUGUUAACUGGAAUGAUAUAUGUUGACAAGAGAAGAACUAAAAAAAUUCUUGAGUUCCAGAUAGGAAUUAAACCCGCGACACCAUCCAUGACGUAUCCAUGAGCAAUUGGGAACUUUAGUACUGGGCUGGCAAAAAAACAGUGCUAUAUCGCGCCCUUUUUGAUGUCUCUGGUGUUCAUUCUACAAAAACAUACAUAUAUCAGUGUGAAGGAGGGUAUAAACGAACCUUUAUCUUGUGGUUCGUGUUACUGCACAUGACGGGUGCCUUUUGCAAGUGAGUAUCAGAAAAAUAUCCCAAAUGGCACUUUUAUUCCAGCUCUAUUUUCUUGUAGGUUCUUGGUACGAUUCAAACGCCUUUUUAUUCUCACUUGUAAACAAGCCAGGAUGGGUACCCGUCAAGCUGCCUCAGACGGGAAAAUAUAGCUCCAGAAGGCAACAUUCCAUACAAGAUAUUCCAUCAUACGGGCCUUCAUUCGGAGUAGGACAUGACAUGUACAUAUCAGACUUCACGUCAUCCAAUCGCAAUUCAUAUAGUAACCUUGGCAAUACUUACAGCCCACCGAGCGGAUACAGCUGCGGCAGCACCUUCGCCCGAACAUUCCUGGCAGGAACAUAG